CAAGAUGCCUUGCGCGAAUUGGGGACUCCAUAUUUCCGGUAAAAUGUCAACAAUCGUCAAGUUUUAGCUGUAACGUCGAGUGCACAACGUCGAAGUCUCUUUGCUCAGGUCCUGAGAGGUCACUCAGGCAACACUGAAAAGAGCAAGCUGUACCUGGGUGCAUAUGUACAGUGACCGCUUAAUGGCUGCUGUGGGCACUUGGGCUUUCUCCCUCCCUGCUGUAGAAAGAAUGCGGUGCAUGAUCCUAGCUGGACAAAGUUCCACUGAUGUUGUAGAGAGUGCAAUUUCAGAUGUUGAGAAUGACGUGCAGACAGGCCGUUAUAUAGUUGGAAGAGGAGGCUUCCCCAAUAACAAGGGAAUAGUUGAAUGUGAUGCAGCAAUAAUGGAAGGUGUGCCUGGGAGAUUUGGGGCAGUAGCUGCAUUGCGUGGGGUAGGGCAGCCAUGUCGGGUAGCACGCCUAGUAAUGGAGAGAAGCCCUCACAGAUUUUUAGUUGGCGAAGGAGCUGAAGUUUUUGCACGGGAACAGGGUUUUACCAUUGAGCCCAAUAACAAUAUGCUUUCAAACCAUACAGCCACUGCAUAUCAGGAAUUUCUUGAAAAGGGGAAACAAGUCAGUGGCCAUGACACUGUCGGUCUCAUAGCUUUGGAUCUUACAGGAAACAUAACUGUUGGUGUUUCUACAUCAGGAAAACCCUUCAAGGCUCCAGGGCGGGUGGGAGACUCUCCACUUCCUGGUUGUGGCCUAUAUGCUGACCACACAGUGGGUGCUGCAGCAGCUGUUUUGUCUAACCCAGCAUCAGGUGAUGGGGACAAAAUCAUGUGCUACUGUCCUAGCUUUCAAACUGUACAGUUAAUGAGACAGGGUUUGUCUCCUAAAGAAGCCUGUUGUUCUGUCCUUGCUGAUAUAAGGAAAAGAACAGGAGAAGAGAAAUGCUUUGAGAUUGGGCUUAUUGCCUUAAACCUGAAGGGAGAGGUUGGUGCAGCUUCCUCAGUGGAAUUCCCAUAUACUUUCUGGAACCAGGGAAUGGAUUCAGUGGAAAAACAUGUCCUAUCUUAUUAAAUUUCCUCUUCUUUCUCCACAUAUUACUAGAAACAUUUCAAAUAUACAAUUUCAAGAGGUAAAAAUCUUGUAUUAUAUUAUGUUUUGUACAGCAGUAUGAAUUAUAUAAUAGUGCUCUGUAUACAUAAUUACCACUGUACUGAAGUAUUUAGAAAUGAAUUUCAUUGUAUAAUUUGUCAUGUUUUUAGUUAGUGUCAACACAGAACUUGUAUUCUUGUUUUAAAUGAAUAUAAUUUGGUAUUUUAUUAUUGUAAGUCAUCUUGUUUUGUUUUUUACUUAAUGUUUGUGGGCUGUAAUUACAGGCAGUCACUGAUCAGAAAUAAUGAUAAUAUUUUAUUCUUAUUGUACUAUUAAAAAAUAACCUAUCUGA